CUAUCAGCAAUUGGCGCAUAGGAAACCAACAGUCGACGUUGCCUACUCAAACUUGCCAACGGCUCACUUGUCACUCUGUCUGAACCGAGCAGCAGCAGCAGCAGCAGGAAGGAGAUGUAAAUCAAGAUGAAGAUGGCUCCAGGAGUCAGUGAAGAAGAGGAGGAGGAGGAGGAGGAAGAUGAAGCUCAGUGCCUGAAGAGUGAGAAAUCGAUGGGAGAACCCAUGCACUUCCAAAGACCUGAAUUUCCCUGUUCGAGCCAGAGGACAGAGUCACUGGUGUCAUGUGAUUUCCCUCCAGGUUUCAGUCCCGAGCCUCAGUCAUGUACAAAACUGAGGACAAAUGACCAGUACAACGAGUGGUGUGAAGCUGAGGAGGAGCAACGAGGACCACAGACGCUCAGUCGGACACAAAAGGAUGAGCUGGAGCAGGAGGUUUUAGAUGAACAUAAGCUCAGAGUGAGGAGGAGAUGUGAACAUGUGACUGAAGGAACUGAUGAAACAGGAAGUAGAACCCUCCUCAACAGGAUCUACACUGAGCUCCACAUCACAGAGGGACAGAGUGAAGAGGUUAAUACUCAACAUGAGGUGAGGCAGCUUGAGACGGCUUCCAAGAUGAAGAGCCUCCACGACACUCCCAUCAAGGUCCACGACAUCUUUAAAGCCUCCACUGACAAGCAGAGCAGCAUCAGAGUCGUCCUGACCAACGGCGUCGCUGGCGUUGGAAAAACCUUCUUGGUGCAGAAGUUCACUCUGGACUGGGCAGAGGGUUUAGAGAACCAGGAUGUGGGUCUGCUGACUGUGUUUUCCUUCAGGGAGCUGAACCUGGUGAAGGACCAGCAGCACAGUCUUCUCACGCUGCUCCAUGUUUUCCAUCCAGCGUUACAGAAGCUCACGGCAGAGACGCUCGCUGUCUGUAAACCUUUGUUCAUCUUUGACGGCCUGGAUGAAAGCAGACCUUCUCUGGACUUCAACCACAGGGAGCUUGUGUCUGAGGUCACACAGAGGUCAUCAGUCAACGUGCUGCUGACAAACCUCAUCCGGGGGAAUCUGCUUCCCUCGGCUCUCGUCUGGAUAACCUCCAGACCUGCGGCGGCCAAUCAGAUCCCUCCUGCUUGUGUGGACAGGGUCACAGAAGUAGGAGGCUUCACUGAGGCCCAGAAGGAGGAGUUCUUCAGGAGGAGAUUCAGUGAUGAAGAGCUGUGCAGCAGAAUCAUCUCACACAUCAAGACGUCCAGGAGCCUCCACAUCAUGUGUCAAAUCCCAGUCUUCUGCUGGACCAGUGCUACAGCUCUGGAGCACAUGUUGACCACAGACCAGAGAGGAGAGCUGCCCAAGACCCUGACCGACCUGUACUCACACUUCCUGCUGGUUCAGACAAAGAGGAAGAACAACAAGUAUGUUAAAGGAAAUGAAACAAGUCACCAGCAGCUGGCGGAGGCUGACAGGGACGUUCUCCUGAAGCUGGGGAGGCUGGCGUUUGAACAUCUGGAGGAAGGAAACAUCAUGUUCGACCAAGAAGACCUGGAGCGGUGUGGUCUUAAUGUCACAGAGGCCUCGGUGUACUCAGGAGUUUGUACUGAGAUCUUCAGCAGAGAGUGUGUGAUCUUCCAGAAAUCAGUCUACUGCUUUGUCCAUCUGAGCGUUCAGGAGUUUCUGGCUGCGAUUUAUAUUUUCCAUUGUCACUUACACAAGGAUGAGAAGCUGGAGAGUUUCCUGGGAACUCUCUGGGGUAGCUGCGACCCGUCCCUGGAUGAAUUCCUGAGGAAAGCAAUAGAUAAAUCACUGAAGAGCAGAAAUGGCCACCUGGAUCUUCUCGUUCGCUUUCUCCAUGGUCUCUCGUUGGAGUCGAAUCAGAGACUCUUGAGGGGCCUGCUGGGUCAGACAGAGAACUGUCCAGAGAGCUUCCAGAAAGCAAUCGUCAACCUGAAGGAGAUGAGCACCUACGAUAUCUCUCCUGACAGGAGCAUCAACAUCUUCCACUGUCUGAUGGAGAUGAAUGACCACUCCAUUCAUCAGGAGAUCCACGACCCCAGCAUCCACCUGUAGGCUCCAACGGUUCUUACUCAUCACUCCCAUUAUUCCUGUGUAAUCCUAUGGGGGAGUGAUUAAGUUGGAGCCUCGAUGCCAAACACGAAACCUAUUCUAAUGAUGCAAUAAAUGUUUGAGCGUGAGUUAUCUGUCUGAACUUUAUAUAUGUAUCACAUUACAGUUACUGCAGCUAUAGAUAUGAGUUACUCUACAGGUUAAGAAUCUAUAAAACACAACCUGACGAUUCUUACAGGUAUAUAAGAAAAUAUCAGGUAAUGUUAUUGGGUAAAAUAAAGAAUUCUGUAAAAGUUUGUAUACAUAUUAAUAUUCACACUUCUUCUACUGAUAUACAGUGUCAAUAAUGAAUUUGUGAAAAUAUGAAAACGUAUUAUUAUUGAUUAAAAUACAGAAGAGUACGCAAUGCGUAAAUUGUGUAAUUAUACAGGAUAGAAUAAAGUCAAAGAUUGGUCAAAUAUGUUUAUUGAUAUAGAACAAGUGAGGAGAAUUGCAUAAUGACUCAAUUUAAUCAAAUACUCUUCUUGACUUAUUUGUAAAUUCUGCAUCUUUUGGUAACAUUUCAAAAUUUUGCGAUUUCUUUUUUUAAUAAAAGUUGUUUUCACUGGGCACCUUGAA